CCAAUAAAAAGUAAAAAUCGGUCGGAUGGGUAUAAAACCCUGCUAGUGCAUAUCAAGUUUCUAAGUUUAAUUACCGGCUCCCCUUCGCCGUUCAUCGAUCAACAAUAUACCAAGCCUUCAGGGGUGAAAGAAGUGUUUGAAUUCAAGGAGGAGAUGGAAUCGUCAGAUGAUGAGGCUGAGGCAAUGCAGCUUUCGGUUUCGAAUUACUACUUUGUAGAUGGCAAGGAAGAUCCUAUCUCCUUUCAUGUACUGCCCAUUCAAUGGAGUGAGGGUGAUAGGCAGGAUGGGAAGGAAGCAGUGUUGUUUCUGCAUGGCAGUGCCGACAAUGGGCUCGAGAAGAUUUACAAACCUGUUGUUGCUUGGAAGUUUGAUCUUUCGAAUGUGAAGCCCGAGAUUGCAGUGCUUUCCAAGGAGAAUGAUUGGAUUCUGCUCCAGAAGCCGAGGAGGAGCUAUGAGGGGAUCGUAAGGACUGUCUUGAUAACUGUGCAGUGCCUUAGUUAUGCAAUGUGGAAUGCUGAGGCGUCCGGAAAAGCUGUGUGGGAUCACUUGUCUAAAGCGUUCAGCAUGUAUGAGAACAGGCCUUCGCAGCAUGAUUUGGGUGAUCACAGGAGUCUGAUUAGUGAAGCUCUAAAGCGAGAUGAUGCCUUGGCAAAGUCGAAGUUUAUAAUUGACUUUCUUAAAGAAGAGCCACCCACAAAGAGGAAACUAUCUGAUGAGGAUAUUCAAGCUACAGCAAAGCUUGGAUUUAUAGUUGAUGAUGCGGAAGAUUAUAUAAUUGAUGAUGAAGAUGAGUCAGAUGAUGAUGAUGAUGAUAACCUGUUUGAUUCUGUUUGUGCCUUUUGUGACAAUGGUGGCAAGCUGUUAUGUUGUGAAGGGAGAUGCCUAAGGUCCUUCCAUCCCACGGUAGAGGACGGCGAGGACUCAAUGUGUGAAUCUCUUGGAUUCACUCGGGAGGAAGUAGAUGCAAUGGCAAGUUUCUUCUGUAAGAACUGUCAAUAUAAGCAGCAUCAGUGCUUUGCUUGUGGGAAGUUAGGCUCCUCAGACAAAUCUUUGGGUGCAAAGGUCUUCCCCUGUGUUUCUGCAACCUGUGGUCAAUUUUACCAUCCUCAUUGUGUUGCACAACUAAUUUAUCAAGACAAUGGAGUUUCUGCUGAAGAACUGGAGAAAAAUAUCUCUCUGGGGGAGUCUUUUACGUGUCCGAUUCAUAAGUGCUGUGUUUGUAAGCAAGGAGAGAAUAAGAAGGAUCCCGAGUUACGGUUUGCUGUGUGCAGGCGUUGUCCUAAAUCCUAUCACAGGAAAUGCUUGCCCAGUGAGAUUCGUUUUGAGAAAACAGAGGAAGAUGAUGAGGAAGAGAUAGAGGAUGAAGAAGAAAUAGAAACAAGAGCUUGGGAAGGUCUAUUACCUAAUCGCAUACUAAUAUAUUGCACAGAACACGAAAUAGAUGAAGAAAUUGGAACUCCAAUAAGGGACCAUGUUAAAUUUCCCGAUGUUGACGGAAAGAAGACUAGUAUUGUGAAAAGGAAGACUGCUUUUGAACAGAAAAAGAGAAGACUGACAUCAGAGUCCCUUGUGGUCAGAGAUAAUUCUCUGUCGAAGAAAAGAAAGCUUACCUCAGAGGGAUUUUAUAGUGGAAGAACUGCACCUCCAAUAUCUAGGCAGAAAUUGAAUUCGGGUGAAAAAGUUGGCAGUAGCAGAAAUACUGAAAAAGUACCUUCUCGGUUAGACGUAUCAAGAAAGGUGAUGGUUAAUAAGACAUUGAAAAAGGAAGUUCAGACUAGCGUGGAAAAGAAGACCUCGUUGGGUAAUAGACUGUUUACCUACAUAAAGGGAUCUGGGUCAGUAAAGUUUGGGAAGCAGGAUACACCUGAUGAUGCUGAACUAAAUUCUAAAACGAGUGCAAAAAUUGAUCCUACAUCAAGAACAUUGAGUGCGGAAGCUUCCUUAGAUCCUGCUAGAGAAAGGAGAUUACAUGCUUUAAUGAAAGACGCUGCUUCAUCAAUAAGAUUGGAAGAUGUUAUAGAAAAGCACAAAGUUCCAUCCACUCAUGCAUCCUCAAAUAAAUAUGCUGUAGAAAGGAACAUAACACGAGGAAAGGUGGAAGGCUCAGUUGAGGCUGUUCGAACCGCAUUAAAGAAACUACAGGAAGGCUGCAGUACUGAAGAUGCAGAGGCUGUCUGUGCUCCUGAGAUUCUUUCCCAGAUUUAUAAGUGGAAGAGCAAGCUUAGAGUAUAUCUUGCACCUUUCUUGCAUGGAAAGCGGUACACGUCCUUCGGUCGCCAUUUCACAAAGGUGGAAAAACUCGAACAGAUUGCUGAUAGGCUCCAUUCGUACGUACAGAAUGGAGACACGAUAGUGGACUUCUGUUGUGGCUCUAAUGAUUUCAGCAUCGUAAUGAAGAAAAAGCUUGAGGAGACAGGGAAGAAGUGCUAUUUUAGAAAUUAUGACAUUAUUCAACCAAAGAAUGAUUUCUGUUUUGAGAAGAGAGAUUGGAUGACUGUUCAAAAAGGUGAAUUACCGGAUAGUAGUAAAUUGAUCAUGGGGUUGAACCCUCCUUUUGGGGUUAAAGCAUCUUUGGCAAACCAGUUUAUUGAUAAGGCUCUGCAGUUCCAGCCGAAGCUCCUUAUUCUUAUUGUUCCACCAGAAACAAAAGGGUUACAAUGUUAUGAUCUGAUAUGGAAGGAUGAACGGUCGCUGUCGGGAAAGUCCUUUUAUCUUCCUGGAUCUGUUGAUGAGAAUGACAAGCAAAUGGAUCAAUGGAAUGUGACGACACCUCCACUCUAUCUUUGGAGUCGUCCUGAUUGGUCUGAGAGACACAGAGCUAUUGCUCAAAAGGAUAGUCACGGUUCCAUGUCAGGGUCGGUGGAAGAUGGUCAUUCAGUUGAGAAUAAGGAUGAAAAUGUUGAAAAUCUCAUGUUGAAAAAUGCUUAUCUGACACCGACCGGUAAUUCCAGAGAUUUUGUUGGUGGGGCAGUCGCAGGCGAGGGACAUGAAGAUAGAUCCGCCAAGGGCAAUGAUGACAGAGGUUACCAUGCGAGUUCUGGUCACCAGAAGAACCAGGUUAGUAAGAUUUCUGAGAGGCCGCGGUGUGGUGGCAGAAAAAAGAAUGGGAGUGGAGUGGUUGAGUUGUCGCCAGACAACAAAUGUGAUGGUGGCAAUGUUUCUAGUGAGAUUCAGAUGGAAAGGUCUCCAUCUACUGAGCGACAGCGGAAAGCAAAUCAGCAGUCUGAGCCCAGCGAUUCUGGUUCAAGUAUGCAUUUCAGAACUGCUUGUGGGAGGACCACAGCCAGCAUCCCUGAUGACACUGGCAGCAAUGUCACAAGCAGUGCUGACCCUUAUUCAAGUGUGACUCAUAGAUGGUCCAGUGGUGCCAGUCCUAGCUCUAUAUAUAGGGAUACAAAAUUGGAGGAACCUGUUUUGGGUUACAUGAGAGAGACAGAUAACUUCGGUUAUAGACCGUAUUCCAUGGGGAUGGAAGACCCAUAUAGGAGAGACUCUGAUAUACGCGCACAAGUUCGCCAUUACGGGCAGCAAGAUCCUGAUAUGUUCAGAAGUAAUUAUCUAGCAGGUCAGGAUUUGUUACGUGGUCAGGUUGGAUCAUUUUCGUCCACGUAUGGCCAUGCUCAUCUAGGUUCAGCAGUUGACUCAUCUUACAGAAUGAACAUGUCAGCCAUGCAGCGAUAUGAACCUCGGCUGGAUGAAUUGAACCACACAAGAGCGAGUGCCUUAGGAACCCAACCAGCGUUUGGGUAUGAUCCACGCACAUACAGUAGCAACAUGUAUGAUCCCAGGGCACCCCGACCUGGUGACCAAGGGGGCCCCUAUGGUUUUGCUCCCGGUUCUCACCAAAGUUUCUCAAACCGGAAUUCAGCAGGUUGGCUGAACGAGUGAGCCCCAUGGGUUUUGCCUCAUCUGCGUAGGAAAAGGUUUUAGGUGUUACAGAUCUUUUGCAAUGUAUUAUUACCUGCGUUUUUCCUUUGUCUGCUUAGGAAAAGGUCUAGGUGUCAUAGAUCUUUUGCAGUGUGUUUUUGCUUCUUUAAUUGCUUCUUGUAGUAUUCUUCUAUAUACAAACUUCUUAAGAAUUGUCGGAUCGCCUGUAAAUAAAUUUCUAGUGUAUAGAGUAGUAAUGUAUAAUCUUUAACUAUAUAGGAAUUUUUGAAGCCAAAAUCAAAAUGGAGAUUAAAUGUCGAGGCAAAUACACAGGUGGCCUUUACCUAGCA